AUGAAGAUCCGCCACGAUUCUUCCGCAAAGGCGUUCACGACCAACCGUGAUCGCAAGCAAAGAGAGAAGCAGCGGAAGGAGCGGAUAUCGAAUCCUGAAGUCAUUGCACGAGAUAUUCCAUUCAACCCCAUGUUGAUGUCGCUGCUGGUGGAGGAGAUGCGCCGACAAGUUCUGGGAUCUGUCACGCUCUUCCUGAACAUUCUAGCAUGUCUAGCACAUGAUGAGCCCAAGCCCCAUGAUCACACGGCCGGGCGGCGCAACGUGAAAGGUGCAGCGAUUGGUGCAAAGUUUCUCCAAUUUCUGGCCUCCCUCUUAGUUCAGGUGGCCACCCGUGGCCCUCCCCCUGCCGACGAUGCGACGGACCCCCUCCAGCGCCUGCGCUCCCGCGUAUUCUGCGCGGCCGACAAGCUGGGAAGCUUGCUGGAGGCAGUGGCCUUGCACACAGCUGAAGCUUGCAGUCAGCGCGACCUCUUGACGAGCUGCGCCUGCUUGGCGGCGGCGCUGGUGCAAGAAAGUGGCCAGCCGGAAGGAUGUUCUGAGGAUCAUUUUACGUUGACUUGCCGCUUUCUGGUAACGAACGGCUUCGACGAAAGCAACCUCAGUCGCUUGGAGGAUCAUGUGACGCUGGCACUUCCUAGGCAUCCUCAUGGAUAUUUGCAUGUCAUUGACGAUUAUUCAUCAAACAAUUGCAUUGGCUGGGGAAGAUCAGUGACGUCAAGCCUUGGCAACCUUAGCCUUUGGCAUGCCAAAGCGAGAAGCAACCAGCAACCGGGAUAG